GAGGCGGAUGUGAGGUUUGAAAUACAGCAGCUCCAGGACCGCGUUGGAUGCCUGGUUGAUACAGAGAUGAGCGACAACGUGAAGUUGUUCGUGGGGAAUCUUCCUUUGGAUGCAACUCACGACGAGCUAAACAAGCUCUUUGCUCCGUAUGGAGAGAUCAACACCUGCUCUUUGCUCAGACAGUAUGCCUUCGUUACCCUGAGGGGAGAGGGGGCAGCAGACAGGGCCAUACGACAUCUUGAUGGCAAAGAGUACAGAGGCAGACCCUUGGUGGUCGAGGAGUCACGUGCACGCCCACCAAACUCCACUAAAGUGUUUGUGGGAAACCUCGCCGCAACAUGUUCAGCAGAUGACCUGCACGGGCUGUUCUCAACCUUUGGAAGAGUUUUAGACUGUGAUAAAGUCAAGGCCAGAUUAUGCUCAAAUGUUGGCUAUGCAUUUGUGCAUAUGGAGAGGAAGGAGGAGGCCCUGGCAGCUAUUGACGCACUCAAUGGGACCAUGUUCAAGGGCCGUCAGUUGGCCGUAGAGCUGUCCAAAGCCCAACCUUUGAUCAACCAGAUUGCAAUGGCCGGGAAUUCCCCCGGUGGUGGCGUAGCAGCAGGUGGCAGGGAGGGUCUUCUUCCACGACCACCUCCAUCACUAGAACAUCAUCAGAGUCAAGCAGCUGUGCUAGCAGCAGCUGCAGCCGCUGCCGCUGGACUACCUAUACAAGUUCAACAAAGCGUCCAUAACUCAUUCUACAACACCACAUCCUUUGACCCCACCUACGCUGCUCUGAAGGGCAUUACAAGCGCUAAAGGUGCAGAUGGUGUGAUAUACGGGGCUCUAGCUAGCCAGGUGUAUGGAUCCGUUGCUGACCAGGUUUACCAAGAUAUGGCCAAUCACAAUACUGCGGCUGUUGCUGCUGUUGAAGAAGUAGAGCCACCGACUGGACCAGAUCCAACAACACUUUUUGAGGCAGCAAGAGCCAAGUUCUUUCAGGAGGGACAGAAGGUUCUGGCAGAGCAGCAGGCAGGGAGGAAGGCAGCGGCUACAGAGAAUGAGCGGGACCGCAGCCCAAUUAGAGGAAAUCGAGCCCCUCUUCUCCCCGACCCUGUUCCAGGUUCCUUCGCUCAGAUACGGCCUAAACGUCGGGCCCUACUGCCAACACCACCUGGAGGACCUGAAGAGCCUCCAGCUGCUACCACUACUCCUGAAGGGUCAGAUCCCGUCGCUAGGUCUUACACAGAGUACUACCAGCAAAUGCAUCAAUACCAACAGUAUCAACAGUACCAGCAACAGUACCAGUACCUCCAGUAUGCCUACACCAAUCCUCCUCCUCCUCCGCCACCUCCUCCACCUCCACCAGCCAACACACAAGCACAGGCCUCCACCACAGCCACUGCACCCCCAGGGACGUACACAGCGCCCCCAACAUACGCGGCACCGGGAACCUAUCCACCGCCAGGAACAUAUGACACUUCGGGGAGUUACAACGCCUCAUCGGGGAGUUACAACGCUUCAUCUGGGAACUACGAUGCCACAUCAGGAAGCUAUGACGCAUCUGCAGGCUACGGGCCACCGGGAGCAUAUGAUUCAUCGGGAGCUUACGCUGCAGCGGGAAGCUACUCCGCAACCACACCGUAUGAGCAGACACCCGCACACGGGCAACCCAUGCCCCAGCGCCAUGAUUACCCUUACCACACGCCAGAACCCCCUUAUCGAUAGUCCCAUCCCCACAUACUCCUUCCACACUGCAGAUGUGUGUGCGUGCGUGCGUGUGUGCGUGCGAGUGUGUGUUUGUGCGCGUGUUUGUGUGUGUGUGCAUGUGUAUUUACAUAAGGGACAGUUCAAAAAGGAAAAUCAGAGAGGGAGCAAAGGUUGUAAUUUGAAUGUAAUUCAGUUCGGAAGCAUCUCCCCUUUUCUCCAUUGUAACCUAGUCUAACAAGUUCGCCCGUCAGUUGAUGGAUGUGUGGCGAAGUGGGGCAGCUAAUGUUGGAAUAUUGUCACGCAGUCAGUUUCUGUUAGAUGUUAUAGAGGCACAGCUCAUUUGUUGUUGGAUGUUAAAGAAGCCUCAGUGUUUCUUGGGAUAAGGUUAAACACAGGCAAGGGCAGGAUCUCAUCGGAGAAGCUUGUAGUUUGUACUGAAUUAAGGCCUUUUAUAUACUCUGCAUAAGAAUGUGCACCAUGUGCACUGGAAAACUGUUCAGGAAUAUAAGCAGUCCAAAUUUCAUGCACAAUGGCGCGUCUCAAUAAGGGCACCAAAUAGAAAUCACUGAGAAAUUAUUAAAUACAAAACACUGAGAAAUGAUUAAAUACAAAAUGAACCAGCAUCCUGGCAAGAAGAGAUUAUUAUCCAUCUGGCUCUCUGGCCUCUUUACAAGAUGCAUUCAACUUGCUGCCUUCUGUUAAAAACUCAUAACAUUUUAAAAAUAAACAUCCAAACCCACACACCAGUGUUGGCAUAGGUACACCCUGUGUGGAGUAUGUAACAGGCCUCUGAAUUCAAAUGCAUUGACCCUUUUGUAAUACACAGACUGUUGGUCGAGACGUUUAACUGCCUGAUUGGUAAUACGUCAACUAGAAAACAGAACUGAAGUGAAAUGGAGUGGUGGAUCAGCAAGGUUUUUGUCACUGAAGAAGCUCCUUUUUGUAAAGAUCGAGAAUGUUUAAUUGACCAGAUUGUCUUAUGUUUCAGGCUGGUUUCACAGAGUUGACAAGUUUAGUGCUCAUUCCUCAGCACUCAAAGUGAUGACAUAUAAUUUUUGCCCCUCACAGUUUUGAGUCAUAGAAAUCUUUAAUGUGUCACAAAAAAAAGGCGAAUUGACUUGUUGAAAUAGAAGGUUAGAAGGUCACUUAGAUUCUGUUGUAACCCGAUUACCUUCUGGGUGAUUUUGUGAUUGCAUUUUGCCUGCCGGCGUUAAAAGGAGACUACCUUUAGUUAUCAGGGUGUGAAGAGUUACUACAGGGUUAAUUUGUAGUCCACACAGGCCUUCCUGUUUUAGUUGGAGAGUUUGCUUAACUUCAGAUGGAUAUUACCAGCCCAAUUAUGCGUGCUUGAAGUUUUAUAGUUAUGAGGGAUGGUCCAAAUGUAAACAUGACUUUGAUAACAGAAGGAUAAUCAAACAGUCAGGGGAAUCUUUUGCAGCGAUUAAACUGAAAUACGUGACAUGGAUGUUCUCCUGGAGCAGUUAUAUAUAUAUUAACCUUUCUUGUGUUUUCGUGCUUAGCUCGAGCUCUUUGUGUUUCUCGAGGUCUACACAAACUCAGGAGUUUAAUAUAUCCAGUCAAGAGUCUUUGGUCUGUGUUCGCCUCUCAAACAUUAGAACAAAAUUUUUGUGACCAUUCACAUUUCUUUCUUUCUAUUUCAGUUUUGUGUUGAAGUGCGAUCAGAGCGUCCUGUGUGAAAAGAAGUUGAAUGCAUCCACAUUGUUCUCUAAUUUUAGGCAAUACCCAGUUUUUUGUUGUUGUUGUUGUUGGUUUUGUACAUGGUUGAAUUCCUAAAAGCCAGAAAAAUGGCAGCAAGCUUUAGCAAAUGAUGUUAAAUGAAUCAGUGUUGUUAAUACUUAAAUAUCCAAUUGGUUUUCACAUUAUUAGCUUUUGUUCCAUUCUCUUUAGUUGCUGUUGUGUCUCUUUUCACAUUGCAAAUCAUUGUUUAUUUAGAGGGAAAGUUGAAACAGUUUUCAUUCCAGGAAAUGUCAAAUUUGGUACUCUGUAAAUACUUACAAGCUGAAAAAGUAAUGCCAACCAACAUUUGGUUGAACAGUAAGAAUAUUGACUGUUAAGAAUAAGAUGCAGUGAUUGUAUUUCUUGAAGGUAGUGAACAGCAAAGUAGGAAUGUUGAGUUGUACCAGUUUGUUAAGAAAGGAGACAACCCGUUUGUGAGACAACCCUCAAGCAUGAUGGUAAUCGGUCAUGCUUGCACAGUGUAGUGCAUGGCGUUGAACCAUUAAGGUAUGUGCUUGUGUGAACUUAAACGCGCUGUAAAAUCAGACUGAGCAUAAGAUUUGAGGUGCACAUUUUAAAAACAGGACAAAACGAUGAUUCACCACCUCUGCUGAGAGCAGGUACAAGUGUAUUUUUAACUAAAUGCAGUGCAGUGGUGUGUUGCUGAUGCAUGUAGCACAGGGUUAUUGACUGAGUGGAUAUGAGGUGACAGUUUCGGUGCUGCAGGUGAACACGAGGAUUGGUUGGGAUUUAGUAAAGGUAGCUGAUUUUGCUGAGCAGCAGUGAGAAGGGCCGAAGACCUUUCCUUCUUCCUCUUUUAAUCUCACCAGGAAUACACACCUCAUUUUGACACAAGGAUUACAGGCUUUCUCUGCAUUCAUAUCUCACCUAGACGACCCCACACUUAUAUAUCUAGAUGCAUUUUAACUGGGUUCAUUGCAUUUUACUCAUGUAAAGCAGGCUACACGUGCAAAUGAUACUAAUGCACAUCUGAUUCCACCCGUAUUUUAUAUUACUUACAGUAGUUGUUCCGUUCGUGAUUGUACCACACACUCAUCUUAUUUCUUAUUGCCACCUGAGAUGGUAGUGCUGUGCUAGGUUUAAGUUGACACAUAGUCUCAAAGUUUCCUCAUUAUUCCACCUUCUCCAUGUGAACUGUUAGUUGCAUGCCUUGUUGUUGCUGCUGCUCCAGCCACCUUCUUCCUCUUGCUGAUUAUUGCAGCUAGAGUGGGAGGGAGCCAAACUGAGCCCUUGCCCUGGACGUACGCCACACGCAGCUGUAGCGUGGGAUGGGGAAAACAGCAGCGUUAGGCCUGAAACUGCUGUGGACGAUGGGGUGUCCCCCCACUAAGGUAAACACUCAGACCACACACUCCUGCCCCUCCCAGAAAACACGUGCACACACUCACAAACACAUUCAUGCACGCAUACGGAUACAGCUACAUCCAUACUUCCUACAUCUCACCUGUCUGCAGGGAGUUUUAUUUGUCAGGAAUUUUUUUUGGAAAUGGAUCUCCCAUCCUGUUUUUUAAUGGGAGAUGACAUUUUUUCCUGCUUUUGAUUCUCCCUACAUUUUUCCUCAAGCAUACUCUGCUCAUACAUUCCUGCUCCCAACAUACUGAACGCUCACACACAGCAGAUUUGGAGGACACGUAUACCGUCUUUUAGUCUAAAUCUGAACCCUUUCUGAAGCAGGCAUGUUGUUGUUAGUGCAUCCCGUAUCUAACAGCCUGUCCUUCAAGAGUACCGGGCAAUCACAGCCAGAGCUGGAUGUGGGACAUUUAGGUAGAAUGGGUUUGUUUUAGUUUUAUGUAAAUGCACCCCAGGGGCCACUUCGGGGUUAAGUGCCUUGCGUAAGAGCACAUCGGUUAGGCCCUUCAUUUCAGCGUUGAAUAACCUGGCUCAGGAUCGGUUGCUGGUUCAACGCUCUACUCCCCCUCUCCCCUAAAACGACGAUUUUUGAUGCCACAUUCAACUUGUAUGAAUGACAAUGAACACAAAUAUCAUUUUGUUUUAAAUUACAUUUUGUCCUCUGUUCUUUGAAAUGUUUAUCAAUAAAUGAAUUUGAAC